CAUCAAACACCACGUCUUACGUUACUAAAUCAAACCUUUUGGGAAGUUCUACCCGCGAACUACGACAAAAUUAAGCAGCGUUGGAAGAAAAUCGCGAAGCUUCACGAUGAAGCAAAGUCGGACUGGCUACCAUCAGAUCGCGCGGGUGCGUUGGAUUCACUCAAGGCGGAGCUCGAGAUGCUCGCAGCGGACGUUGACGAGUAUCGGAGUAUCCUAAGGGGGAUCAACAUUACAGAUGUGGUGGAGAUAUACAUGGUUGCUGGCAAAGCCAGGCAACGAGCGCUCCAGGUUGCGAAAGAGGAUUUUGAGAAUGUUGAAGAGAGCUUGAAAACGUUGGAAGACAGAGCGAGCGAGAUUAAAGCUGAGCUC